AUGGGUUCUUGUAGUUCUAAUGUACGUAAAAAAGUUCAAAAAAAUUCAGAGAUCAGGUAAUUCAGUUAGCUAGAUAUUCGUCAUUUUUAUAAAUUGGGAUAAGUAAUCGGUCGUGGCAAUUUUGGAACAGUUCAAAUUGGUUACAAGAUAGAUUAAGUAAAGAAUGGUUUUAAAGGGAAAUGUUAUGCUAUAAAAUGCAUAGAUAAAGAUAGAUUAAGUUUUGAGUAAAUAUAAAGAGAGUUAGAGAUUUUAUCAAGACUUGAUCAUCCAAACAUCAUUAGAGUUUAUGAGGAAUAUGAAGAUUAAAAUCACUUUUAUUUUGUGAUGGAGUACUGUAAAGGUGGAGAACUCUUGUAAUAAAUCUUAAAACAUGGAGCAUUAAGUGAAAGAAUGACGUAAAUAAUAAUGAGAUAAUUGUUUUCUGCUGUUGGAUAUUUACAUGAAAGAGGAAUUAUUCAUAGAGACUUAAAACCUGAGAAUUUGAUGUUAGCAAAUGCUGAUGAAGAAUUUGAUAUAAGAAUUAUUGACUUUGGAUUGAGUAAGCGUGAAUAAGUUAUAAAAAAGCCAUAAUAAUAGAGAUCAAAAUGCAGACAUUAAACUAAAGUUGGAACUCCUAUUUAUGUGGCUCCAGAGGUUAUAAAGGGUGUCUAUUCAGAGACAUGUGAUGAAUGGUCUUUAGGUUGCAUUAUGUAUGCAUUACUAUUUGGAGAACCUCCAUUUAGUGGAUAAAAUAUUCAAUAAUUGGAACAAUAAAUAAAUAAACCCAAUCUCAAGUUCAAAUUAAAUGUAUCAACUGAGUGUUAGGAUUUAAUUACUAAAUUAUUGGAACCUAAUCCAAAUAAGAGAAUAACAUGUUUAUAAGCACUUAAACAUACAUGGAUGAUACGUGAUUCCAAUUAAUAUAGGAUGUUGACAACAAUGUAAAGUGAAGAAAAUAAUUUAGAAAUUGAAAGAAUCAUUGAAUUACUUAAAUAAUAUAGUGAGAGUACUUAAUUUAAGAAGGAAGCAUUGAAAAUUCUAUUAUCACAAUUAACAGAUUUGUAAUAGAAAUAUUUAAAAUUGAAAUUUGAAGAAUUGGAUAGAGAUAAUAGUGGAACUAUUAAUGAAAUUGAAUUUCAAGAAUUUUUAGAAUAUUAAGGAAAAAUUAAAUUGUUAAAACAAUUACCAAUAGAGAAAUUUAGUAAAAAUGAUUAAGGAUUUUAUAUUUCAUAUACAGAUUUUAUGGCCUCUUUAUUGAAUCAACCAUUUUAUUUAACUUAGGAUAGAUUGGAUAAUCUAUUCAUUUGGCAUGAUGUUAAACAUAGAUAAUAUAUAUCAAAGAAUGAUUAUGGAAUUGCAAUGAGUAGAAAAGGAAUAGUACUUAGUUAGGAUAAGAUAGAUGGAAUAUUUUAAGAAUUAAAUUUGGGAUUGAUUAGAUAUGAUCAAUUUAAAUAAAUAAUGACUUUAAAUUAAGUUAAGUAAAAGAGUAGAAGUAUUGUUUAGAAUAAAUAAAGAAAUGGAUUAAAGUUUGAGAAAAUGAUUCCAUGUAUUGGAGAUGAUUGA